AUGGGCAGAAAGUGCUCACAUUGUGGAAACAUAGGCCACAAUUCAAGGACCUGCACGAAUUUCAGAGGGACUGGUACAAGUUUUAGUGUUGGUCAUGUUGGGGUUAGGCUCUUUGGUGUCCAACUUCAUCAUCAUGAUCAUCAUCAUCUCAUGAUGCCUUCAUCAUCUAAUAUGAAUCAUCAUGUUGCCAUGUCCAUGAAGAAAAGUUUCAGCAUGGAUUGCUUGCCCACGUCAUCGGCCUCAUCGUCCUCCCCAUCUUCUUCAAGAAUUUCUGUGGAUGAGAAUUCUAUUCAGGAUAAAGCAUCCAUCGGCUAUCUCUCUGAUGGCCUCAUAUGCCGAGCCCAAGAGAGGAAAAAGGGAGUUCCAUGGACAGAAGAGGAGCACCGGACGUUUCUAAUCGGUCUCGAGAAGCUUGGAAAGGGUGACUGGAGAGGCAUCUCUAGGAACUAUGUGACCACAAGAACCCCAACCCAAGUUGCCAGCCAUGCUCAGAAGUACUUUCUCAGGCAAGCAACCCUCACCAAGAAGAAACGACGUUCUAGCCUCUUCGACAUGUUUGGGAGGAGCAACAACAUCAAUCUGUCGUCUGGUCAUCCUGCCAAUACCAACACCUCUCAUUAUAAGCAGCCAUUAAGCAAUGAUCAUCAAGUUCUUCCUCCUCAACAUAACAAUAUUAUUCAUGACAAUUCUGGUGCCACGCUGCCUCUGCUUGAACUUGUCACCUCCGUAGCAGCUCAAAAUCCAAACUUAGAUAAUCGAAAACCGGAUCACUGCAGUGCUAAUCAGCAGCUGCCGGUUUGGAUUUACGGGUUGAUCGAUUCCCAGAUGAAAUAUUCAUCAAACAUUGCUGCCUCAAAACCAGCUUCAUCAGCAUCAGUUGUACCGGAUCUAGAGCUCAAGCUUGCGGUGCCAACUAGUCCUAGUUUGGAACAAAAAAAUAAAUCUUCCCCAUCCCCUGCAGGUCCCCUUCUUAAUCUUGGACCAAUUAGUGUUACAUGA